UCCACAGGAAGGACUAUGUCAUCUCUGCAGAGUCUAAAGAUACUGGUGGCCUUGGCUUCACUUCUAAAACUAGGAAAAAGUCCACCUUCUGAACCUCAAAACCUUGCCUGCAUGACAAAUCUGACAGAACCCAGGACACUUUCCUGCUGGUGGGAUCUGGACAGCAACACGUUUAUUCCAAUAGACGUAGUCCUGCAUGCUUCACUAUGCAAUGGAAAAUGCAGGCCCAAAUGCUCUGAGAAGGAACGUAUCUGCAUUCCAGAAAUAGGAGCCAACAAGUGCACAUUUCCACGUGCAGACUUUCGUUUGGGCUCUGAAAUUAAUAUUUACAUCACUGUGAACAAUACUCUAGGACGCCAAACUUCAGAAAGUCUGUGCCUUGAUCCCUUGGAUGCUGUAAAAUUAGAUCCACCAGUCAUCCACUCAGUUGAAACCGACACUGGGCUUGGUAAUUGUUUGAACCUCCACUGGAUGAUUCCAGAAUUCCUGCACUGGCUCGACGACUUAAGAGGUGAAGUUCGCUACAUGACCGAAGGUGGACAAACAUGGCAAAUGAGAGAGGUUAAGAGUGCCAUUGUGCAUGCGACUAUUAAGCUGUGCGGACUUGCACCCAGUACCACAUAUCGAUUACAGAUGCGUCUCAAAUCAUCCUCUGAAUAUUGGAGCGAAUGGAGCAAUGAAAAAACUGGAAACACCUUGAUAAGGCCUCCCACUGGAAAGCUUGAUUACUGGUUCAAGGUGGAAAAUGAAAGAAAUGGUGAAAUACAGCUAUUCUGGAAGCCUCCUCCAGGAAUUGAAACAGAAAACAAGCACUUCUCCUACAGAGUAUACUUUAAACCUUCAAGAGGAAGUGGGCAAUCAGAGACCAUUAUCUGCAACACAUCUUAUCUGAAUUGCUUUUUUGACCGAAAAAAUAAGCCUAACAAAGUGUAUAUCAUAGCCUCCAAUUCAGCAGGGAGCACAGCUGCCACCGAAGUCAACCUUGAUAAAAGAAGAGAUCUGGAACCGGCAGAAAGCAUCAGAAUCUCAAUCAAUGAACAGCAUGGCCUGAAGGUUAACUGGGCUUCCCCCAAGUCCUUUCCUGUAACUGGUUAUGUCAUUGAAUGGUGGAUAGUGUCUAAAAAAUUUCCUGCCACCAACAAUUUUAAACUAGUGGGCCCCAAUGUCACAGAGCUGGAUAUAACUGGAAAUCUGGAACCAUUUAAACUUUACCGUGUUGCAGUUUAUCCUCAAUACAUGGAAGGGUAUGGAUGCCCUCAGUUUGUAGAUGCUUACUUCAAACAAAGGGCCCCGUCGAUAGCCCCGGAUUUAAAAGUGGGUGAAAUUGGGAAAUCUCAUGCAGAACUAAUCUGGGAAGAAAUACCACUUGAUGACCGUAAUGGUUUUAUCCAGACCUACACCAUAUUCUACUGGGCAGAAAACGGCAAAUGGUCACAUGUGACUGUUGAUGGUUCCAAAAGGAGUCUGAUCAUUAAGAAUCUGAACAGUUCCUCAGUAUACCAGGUUUUCAUAAUGGCAAGCACAGUUGAAGGAAGCAUUAAUGGGACCAUAAAAUCAAUAAACACAAAUAUGCUUGAUCAUGGGAGCAUUUUGAUCACAAUUAUACCUGUGUGCAUAGCAGUUGUACUGCUCCUUAUAAUUGCGGCAUCUGCUUGCCUCAUAAAUCACAGACAGUUAAAACUGAGUUUUUGGCCUACUGUACCAGAUCCAGCAAACAGUAACAUUUCCAAAUGGACCCCUACUGAACAGAGGGUUGACACUAACCAGACUAAACUGCAAGAUAACAAUUCUAUGAAUUUAUCAAAACUAAGCUUCUUAGAUGUUUCUACAAAAGCGACUGAAAGCACAGUACAAGACAAAGCUCUCCAGUCUGAGAGCCACGGCUGUGGUCAAGAUGAAAUGAUACUGAACAACGCUUUUAAAGUUACAAGUCUGGAUUCCGAUAACAACUCUGGUGUGAUACAAUAUGCAACAGUAAUCUUCAAUGGGUACAAAGGACAGAACGCCUUCCAACCUUCCUACACGAGAAGUGACUCAACACAGCCUCUGCUGCAAGACGUGCCGACAAGCCCAAAUCAUUAUGAAAACAUGUGGUUCCAUGACACCAGAGAAGUAUCUGCCUUCACCGCCUGUGCAGAUGAGCGAAACUCACUGACAGAUCCUGAGUUAACUUGGGAAGACUUUCCACUUCUCCGUGGCCUCACAACUAAAGAAUAUGGCCAAGAAAGUAUAUCAUAACAAAAUUCUAAAGAAUGUUGCAUUUGUAAAUGGUGCUACUGUUUAGCUGUUAAUUAUCUGAAAGGUAAAUUAAUAAACACAUUCUAAGGUGGGAUAGCUACUGCCAGUCCCUGAAAAACCAAUGCAAAUUCUCAAUUUUUGUUUCAAGUGCCAUAAAUAUAAUUAAACAUACAGAAUAAAGGGAGUUUUUUUGUAGGCGUAUAUGGAAGACAACAGUUAUGAAAUACAGCAAAACUAGGUGAACAUUUUUACUUUGAUAAGAAAUGUGGUGCAUGAACUAAGAUUAAUAAAAUGGGAAAGAAGUGUAGAAAAAAGGAAAACAUUUUACCAGAUUUGUC